CACUUUGGACGUUAAUCUGCGCUGCUGAUGAGGUCUGUAUUUGCUGUAUGACAUUCCUGAUGGAAUAAGCACAUGUGUGUAAAAGAGGGGGUAAAAAGGGUAAAAAAGAGAAGUCAAAUCUGAUGGGCUGAUUUCUCACAGUAAUCAGGGCACUCACACCUUCGUCAUGUCUUCUCCUAAAGGUCCUUCCCUCUUGUUCCUCUCCAUCCCCUCUCGUUCUCCUCCCUCACUCCCUUUGGUUUUUUCCAGUGGAUGAAAUAGAACAUGGUUUCUCAUUAUCAGCCAGACUCCUCCCUCUCUUUGACUGGUGGUGUUUCUCCUCCCUCCCUCUUGUGUGGAGAGCCCGGCAGCGAGCGUUAAUCCCGGAUUGCGCUGCCCUGCCGUCUGCAUCCCGUUGUUGCUGGGAGAGCAUGGCACGGCUCCAGGACCCCUGUGCUCACACAGGAGAGAAGUGAACGAAUGAGAGAGAGAGAGAGGGAGAGAGGCAAGAGAGGGAGAAAAGGAAGGAGGUACAGUUGGGCUGUUUUACGACUGUCACAGCUGCUUGAGCUAGAGUGUUGUUGAGUUUCAGUCACACACACACACACACACUCUCUCAUAAACAAGGGAGAAAAGAGAGAAUAAGGAAGGAUGACGGCUGGUUUGUCGCAGCUGUGGGUGCAAUUGUGAAUGAAGAAAGAGGAAACCUUGGUCACGUCCUGGGUUCCACCACAUCGCAACCUCUCUCUGCACUGCGCUGCGUCUUCCUCACCGCUCACACUUAAGAGGGAUUAAACUUUUUUUUUUUUUUUUUUAUCUCUCGUUGGCACAUCCGGAACUCUUUGACACUCUGACAUGGAGUCUCCCACCAAAGAGAUUGAGGAGUUUGAAAGCACGGCCCUGAAGUACCUGCAGCCAGAGCAGAUCGAAAAGAUUUGGCUCAGGCUCCGCGGACUGCGCAAGUACAAGAAGACAUCCCAGAGAUUAAGAUGUCUGGUGAAGCAACUGGAGAGAGGAGAGGCUUCCCUCAGUGACCUCAAGAAAAACCUUGAGUAUGCAGCGUCGGUGCUGGAAUCCGUUUACAUUGAGGAGACGAGGCGUUUGGUGGACACAGAGGAUGAGCUCAGUGACAUCCAGUCAGAGUCAGUGCCCUCAGAGGUGCGGGAUUGGCUGGCCUCCACCUUCACCCGACAGAUGGGCCUGAUGCUGCGGCGCAAUGAGGAGAAACCUCGCUUCCGCAGCAUUGUCCAUGCAGUCCAGGCUGGAAUAUUUGUUGAGAGGAUGUACCGACGCACCUCCAAUAUGGUGGGACUCAGCUACCCCCCUUCUGUCAUAUCUGUGCUUAAGCAUGUUGACAAGUGGUCUUUUGACGUCUUCGCUCUAAAUGAAGCCAGCGGGGAUCACGCACUUAAAUUCAUAUUCUACGAAUUGCUCACAAGAUAUGACCUCAUUAGCCGUUUCAAGAUCCCAAUCUCUGCGGUGGUGUCCUUCGUGGAGGCCCUAGAAGUGGGAUACAGCAAACAUAAAAACCCCUACCAUAACCUGAUGCACGCUGCUGAUGUCACACAGACUGUACACUACUUGCUACUCAAGACUGGCAUGGUGCAUUGGUUGACUGAGCUUGAGAUCUUUGCCAUGAUCUUUGCGGCGGCAGUGCACGACUACGAGCACACGGGGACCACAAACAACUUCCACAUUCAGACAAGGUCAGACACAGCUAUCCUGUACAAUGACCGCUCAGUGUUGGAGAGUCACCAUGUCAGCGCAGCGUACCGCUUACUGCAGGACGACGAUGAGAUGAACAUCCUCUACAACCUCUCCAAGGAUGACUGGAGAGAGCUGCGAGCUCUGGUGGUGGAGAUGGUGCUGGCCACAGAUAUGUCGUGCCAUUUCCAGCAGGUUAAGGCCAUGAAGAACUUCCUACAGCAACCUGAGGGCCUGCAGCAAUGCAUUGACAAGCCCAAAGCCCUGUCCCUGCUGCUACACACAGCAGAUAUCAGCCACCCGGCCAAAAGUUGGGACCUACACCACCGCUGGACCACCUCCCUACUGGAGGAGUUCUUCAGACAGGGGGACAAAGAAUCCGAGCUCGGCCUGCCGUUCUCUCCGCUCUGCGACCGAAAGUCCACAAUGGUGGCACAGUCCCAGAUCGGGUUCAUCGACUUCAUCGUGGUGCCCACCUUCACUGUGCUGACAGACAUGAUGGAACGAAUCGUCAAACCGCUCAUAGAUGAAGCCUCCCAUUCAGGUUUCGCCGGCUUUAGACGCUCAAGUCUGAACAGUAUUAGCUCAGAGGAGACCAAGAGGCAAAGUGUGAAGAGCUCCGACAGCAGCACGUCGGGACACAGCUCUCUGCUGACGGUGGACCUGAAGAACUUCAAGGCGUUGUGGAACGAAGAGGUUUAUCAGAACAGAGAGAGGUGGAAAGCUCAGGCUACUAAAGAGGCGGAGGAGAGAGCUAAAAGAGAAGCGGAGGAGAAAGCCCAGCAGGAAGAAGCUAUGGAGCCCCAGGAGGUCAACGCAGAACCAGAACAGCCUGAACCAAAGGAGGACCAAACAGAGGAGGAGGAGCCCGAGUCAGCGGAGGCCACCCGACCGCCAGAUGGUAACACGGAGGAAGCAGAGCAGGAAGCACAGCCUGAGAGCGACACACACAAGUAUCCUCCACUGCAGAACGGAGAGCUGUCUGAAGGGACUGAAUCUCCAGAGGGUGAAGAAAACAAAAACAAAGGAGAUGACGCAGAGGUGGCGAUGGAAUAAGCGAGCUGUGGAGAAUCACGGUCACACUGCUGCAUCUCUGCUGUCGACCUGAACCUGCUUUUACCUGUAAAAGAAGACACAAACUCACACCAGAGGGGAAAGCCAUUAGUUGGACUGUGUCGCCCUCUACAGGACACCAAGAAACUGACAUCUUCACUACCUUCUUGUCUCAACUGUUUUUACUUUGACCAUGUUUAUACUCCCAGAGCUUGUGGCUCUACUCGUGUGCAUUAUUCCUCCCUUCCUGCUCACCGAUGAAGACAAUACACAACCUUAUGAUGCUGGCAGCGAUGGCGGGGAUGAAGAGGAGCCUUUGAAAGACUGACACUGAAAAUGUUGCUUUUCUUUUUUGUUAUUUUGCCAAUCAUUUUACGUCACUCUGAGUUGUGUGUCUGCCACAGACAUGUAGCCAUUGUAUAAGUCACAUGUUUCACUGCUGUGGUAUGUUUGCUCAUCUGUCUUAGAUUUUGAGGUCACAAGUAUCGUCUGCUAAAAGAACAUUAAAGUAGAGAAAAAGGGUUUGCAUCACAGUAAUUUAUUUUGGUACUUACAGAAGAAUACAUAUGUGCAGAUUUGUGGGAAAUGCAGGAUAGAAGGGACUUCUCCAGCUGGGGUUAAACUCACAGGUAUAUAGCGCUACUGUUUUACUAGAAAGUACUCCUUAAACUGAACUUUUCUUUGUGCUUUAGCAGCUCCUGAUGAAGUUAUGGCUGAUUUUCUCCCAUAACAUGUUUACUCUCUUAGUGCUUUCCUCAGACAUUGUGCAAUUCUAAUGCGUGUGUUCCUUGCAGCCAGGUUUAUAUUGAUUUUUUUUGCGUGCUCCUGUCUUCUUAACUGUAUAUACUGAAAGUUUGUAUAUGUAUAGAUAUGAGGAGGAGUAGAAAUCCUAUGAUCCCACAACCCACCUUCUCUUUUUCUUUUUUUGAGGGGGAUAUAAUGUAAGAUAUUGUUGUGAUGUCCAAAAAUUAGAAUGCAACUUUUGCAUUUCAAACAUAUCACACAUCCAAGUUUUUGUAACAUAUAUAUAAAUCAUUUUUUUCUUUUUGUAACAUUCUUUUGCAUUUGUUGUGUCCUAUAUUACGAAUCAUGCACUACAUGUGUCUAAUAUCCUCACACUGUACGUCAUUUCUUUGUCAAAAGACUUCUUCUUGAUGCCUUCUUCUGUGUAUUUAAGCUGUAGCAAAAAGUCAACAUUGUCGCCGAGUUAGAGAAAAACCUUCUAUCUGUAUUUUAUUUCAGUUGUGUUUCAGCAGCUUCACCUUCCGAGGUUGUUGAUGUAAUGUUUUUAAAUCGACGUGUUUACAGUGUGCUCGUGCACCUAUUAGCCAGUUGAAUCCAUCAUGCUUCUGUGACGCAUCCCGAGGCUGAGUCCAAACUGUAUCUGCUUCUUGGUCGUUUGCCAGGUUUUUAAAGGCUUGUAAUGUUGUGUAUAGGAGAUGCAAAUAUUGCUUACUGUGCAUAUGUAACAUAUUGGACCUCUGCAAUGCUGGUUCAGCUUUUACUAUAUACUUAAUAUGUGUAAUUGGAAGAAAAGAAGCUUUUUGGCAGUAUUUGCAUAAUGAUGGAGACGCUUUUCCCUAAAAAUUGUGCACUUUUAUUUUUCCUUUGUUUUUAGUUAUUUUGGUAUCCCAAAAUCUACUGUGCCAAGAUCAACUUCUUGGCAUGUUAUUUUAAAGUAUACUGUACAUACUGGUACAUAUACUGAGACGUAGAGUAUAUAGCGUUCAAAAAAGCAUAAAUAAUUUAACAUAGACAUUUAUAUAAAGCUGUAGGAAUUAUUUUUAGUCUCUUUGUUUCAAUGCACACUCCUCAUUUUUAUAUUAUAACAGGAACUUUAGUAUCGCGCAGUUUUAUCACGCGAUGUAACCACAUGCUACUUUCUACCUAAAAUAUACAGUCGGUGGUUAGCAAGCCAGCUGGCUGAAUGUGUGCCUAUAUAUAUGUAAUUUCCAUAUGACACCUUUCAUCUGUAGGAAAAACUAAUUUUGUGAUGUCAUUUGAAUCUGUGCUGCUCCAGGCACAGUCAAACAAAACAGUCCGUAUCUUCCUACAAAUCUUCACACUAAAGAGUCGCAAGACUUUAGACUCUGCUAGAAAGUCUGUCUGUAAAGUCAGCGGUUUGAUGUUGCAUAAGUAUUUAUAGUGGUAUAUUUUGCUCUUUUUUCAUUUACAGAAAUCUAUUUUAUAGCUGUAUAGCUUCUUUUGUUUUACUGUACUGUUCGCUGGAUUGUCCAAAAGUACGUCCUCAACGCGUGACAACAUUUUUCUUUUUGUCAUUUUGUCUCUCCUCUCUGGUUUUACUCGUCCCUGUGUGUGUGUCUGUUCGAUAUGUUUUAUUCCACCAGCUUGGAAGUCAGAAAAAUUCAAGUGGCUCAAAACUGUAAAUUUAAAGUGUAACAAUCAUAUAAGAAAAUUAGAUUUAUAAAUAGAACAAAUACAACACUCAUUGUGUGCUCAGAAUAGCCUGCCUGAUACUUGGUGAAGCAGAAUCUAUUUUCUGUACCAAGGGACCAACACAUGUACAGUCUUGUAGUUUGCUCUACCUUUCACUUGCUACUGUGAUAGCCUACUGUAUGAAUAUUUAACAUGAAUUUAUACCGACCAUAAUCAGAAAACAUAGCUGUAUUUAUGACAUGUAAAGACUUCUAAACAUGGUGUUUUGUAAUUGUUACUACAGGACAGAUUAUUUGUUGUUUGUUUAAUGCUUUGUUUCCUUGUUUAGUCUGAAUCACUAUAAUGACGGAUCUUAAACUGUUCUAGUGACUGAGAUUAGAUGAAUGUAAAGCGUGUGCGUGCGUGUGUGUGUGUGUGUGUGUGAGAAACUGCCGAAAAAUACUUAAUGUGCAUUUCUGAUCUCCUCACUGUGACCUGCUCUAUCAAUGAGAGUGUGAUGAGACGAGUGUGUGCGUGCAUGUGUGGGUAUGCGUGUGUGUGACAGCGAGAGAGAGAGAGGGAUAAACACAAAGUGAUGCAGUGGACUGUUUAAAGCUGGCAAACUAUUUUCAUCACCAAAAAAAAAUCAUCAAAAACAUAUUUCAGCAUUUUUUCCCACUUUAAAGAUUCAGUUCUCAUCUGUUUCAUACACCAAGUCAAACUGAUUCCCCUGGAUAUAUUUACAAAGAUGAAACAGAACAGACAUAUUAUAAAGGUCAUGUUGACAUGAGACCGCUUCAGGUUUAACCUCCACUACAUCCCUGAAUGGACUGACAUACUAAGAGAGUGCGAAUGGGUGUGGGUGUGGGUGUGGGUGUGCAUGUAUGUGCAUGCAUGUGUGUGUCACUGUCCCAUGCCGGCCAGGCGGCCACGUGUGCCACCAUGCUCUGUGACUGCACAGCCGUAUCAAUAAAUCUGGACUCAAAGGGCUCA